AGCAGUCUAGUUCCUCAAAAGCAGGAAAUGAAAGUACAGUAUGUUCAUAUUUAGUCCUCUCUGGUGAUGGCGACUUGUUCUGGUAAAACAGAGAGACUUUGAUUGAGGUAACUGAUAGUUAAUGAGUAACUGUGAAGAGGUGCAACUUUCAGGUCGUUUGUCCAGCUCUUGCUGUACACAGAUCUCUGCGUUUGUUUAUUAAAUUAGUUGGACUGUUCUCGUCUGAAGAGUUCCUUUUCUGUGUGAAGCUCGGUUUUUGCUGCUUUUGACUAGGAAACAGUUCUGCUAUGGCUGACGUGAAUUCUCAGCCGCCUCCCUCUGGCGCGGCCUCUAAGCUUGACCAGGUGCAAGGCCAGGUGAACGAGGUUAAAGUUAUUCUGACAGACAACAUCAACAAAGUGCUGGAGAGGGGCGACAGGUUAGACGAUCUGAUUGGGAAGACUGGUGACCUGCAGGCAUCUGCUGACUCGUUCCAGAGAACAUCCACACGUGUGGCCAGAAAAUACUGGUGGAAAAAUGUGAAAAUGAUGAUUAUAAUCGGUGUGAUUGUGCUGAUCAUCCUCAUCCUCAUCAUCCUUGCUGCCACAAAAGUUAUAUAAAUUUCAUCUUUACCCACUCAGGACUGAAAGCCAUGAAGAUGCCGCUCGCCUACAGACAUUUAAUUGCUCUCGCAAGUGAUCAUUUCGGCUCAGGUAAAUUCAAAGGGUAAAUGAUUAUUGAUUACAUCACUUUGUAACAAGAUGAUGUGAAAAUAAAAUUCAGGGCAGCAGAGAUUAAAGUGAUAUCAAGUUGGCUGAAAUACUUUAACACUCCAACAGUCGUGCAAGUGUGACAUAAAACCACUCUAUUAAUGGAACACAAAUUCAAAUGAGUGUUUAUUUUUAUUUGUUGCAUUUCUUCAUGUCCAAUACACUGUGUAUAUAUAUAUAUAUAGUAUGUUUAUGACUGUCAAACUCUGUAAUAACAUAUUUAAUAUAUGACUGAUGACUAUGAUAAAGAUAAUAAAUUGUAAUAACG